CCAUCCAACCGACUAAGCUCUGCUCGCUCACAGCGUCUUCCUGAAGCAGGCAUAACAAGUGGCUAGACACAACACAUGAGAGAAAGAGUGCAAGCUACUAAGUUUUGUCAAGAUGACCCAUCUCGUAGGACUGCGUUGAAAGUCUCCUGAACUAUCUAAUAGAUCUUCAAGGUGCUGUUCUUGAUGUCUUCUCUCGGACUGGCCCAGUUCGAUUCCACUCCUGGAAGUUCUCAGAUAAGCUUUCAUUCGAUCUGGACCUGGUGUCACAAUUAGAACAAUACGACUUUGUUGAUGGGGUGGUGGAAUUCAAUCAGCAUUCACAUUGUUUUGUUGAAGUUGGUGAUUUAAGUGAUAAUGCCAGAGAAGACGGUGUUUAGAGGAUGCGUUUCUCAGCCGGUCGAAAUCAUGAAACAGCGGGAUUCAUUUUUAUGGAUAUAUAUACAAAGAAAUGUAAAUUGAAAAAAGGUCAAACGAAACGAAGUGCAGCUAGUUUGUAGUCUUUCCAGCUUCAGUUGCUCUAAAUAACGGUGUCCUGACAAAUGAGCACAUUUUCUAUGAGACGAAAUCGCGCCUCAUUAGCUCAUUGUUAUGGAUGUUUCCAAAUAAAAGUCACUACAAAACAGCGUAAACAAAUGCAAAUGUAGCUACUUUGCUGUUAUUCUGAAUGCACUUUUUGACAUGACUAAAUUAGCCGUAGUUGGCUAGUUAGAAGGCAACGGAAAAUAAUGUUGCCAGCUAGUAUGGCAAUGGAACAUUUAGAACGAACGACUGGGUCUCGUCCAUAGAUACAGAACAAAAAUACUGGGUCGCGUCUCUGGCAACCGAACCGAUUGAACAAACGACCAGCCAGUUUGGGUAGCAACUCUAGAUUUGUGUCGGAACUAUAUCUUGUGGAAGGAUGAAAUUGCAUGAAUACAUUUAUAAAAAAUAACGUUUUUAAGGAAAAUAUGUAAAUCAUUAUUGGAAUAUGUUGGUAACCCGUAUAAAAGUGAUAAUGCCCUCAAAGCCGGUGUUUGGAGGAUAUAUUGGCACUGUUUGCUGGCCCUCCACGAACAACACCCGUGUCAAUAUAUGCCUGCCUGUCUGUCUUCUCCCAACUCGUUGGGACAGCUGGAGAUCGAAUUUGAAUAUUGAAACAAUUUUGCAAAUGUCGGCGAGACAGACAGCAAGGUUUAUACAAAUUACUCCUGCUGCAAAGUUUCAGUGCAUAUGCAGAGUAGUUGAAGUUUGGACAAAAAGAAAACAUGAAGCAAGCAGCUCCAUAUGUAUCAAUUGGCCUUGUAGUUGGACACUAUUGGAAUAACUUUAUCCAGAUUGGCAACCAGAGUGAGUUUUUAAAGCACUCCUGGUGUUUAGUUAUUUUUUUUCUUCACAUAAAAUGUAUAUUUUAUGACCAUGUUGUUCCCUCCUCUUAUUCAGAGCACGAAGCAAAAUAUUCAAGAAUUGAUCAAAACUCCAAAGUGUGAGGAAAACACCACUUUCUCUUUAGCAUCCUCACUCCUGACCACAAAAAGGGAUAUUUGUCCACAGUCUCCAUCCGUAGUGUCUCAGCACUGUACUUCAAGAACAACAGCAAGCACUCCAUGUCCUCCACAGAAAAUAGCAAAUGGCGGCCCCUCCUGUCCUACUCGCAGAACAGCAAGCAUCAUCCCCUCUUGCCUUUCCCCUAUAUCCACAGACACUCAUAAUUUAAGUUGCCAGACAGUAGAGUCCUCCCUUGUCCCCUGUGAUGCCUGUGCUCAGGUCCAGUCCAGCAUGAGGGAGACUGGUGAUUGAGAGGUGGGAAGGUGGGAAGGCCCUCGCUGCAGCGCCUCCUUCCCACCUCUCUGCAGCGCCUCCUGGUGGCUAUGGAUGACACCAUGGAGCAGGGCCGUCUGACUGUAGGAGAUGUGUCCCAGUGGUCCACAGAGCAGCAGGUCAGGUGGGAAAGGUCUGGCUUCAGCAUCUGCUGAAGGUACAGUGCAGGGCUCAGCUGGGGGAGGGCACAGGAGAAACUGAAGUGUAAAUGGGCAAAGGACCAAGCAAGACUGUAGGAGGCCCAGGCAUCCAGGAAGGAGACUGCAGGACAAACAUGAGUAGCUGAGGCUCCAUGUCCCUGGAGGAUAGCAACUCCAAACUGAAGGCAGAGAUUAGUUUGCAACAAGAAAGGUUACACAAACUCAAGUGUGAGAGAGAUAAGCUACAUCAGGAAGUGAAGGCCUUGCAGGUAGAGGAAGAGGCACGGAAUAAACUAGAGGAGAAGACACAAAAACUGGAGGUUCAACUGUCCAGUACUCAGCUCUUACUUGACAAAGAGAACUCCAAGUACCAGAAUGCAUGUCACCAACAGGAGUCACUGCAGGCCAAGCAGAUGUCUCUAUUGGAGAGAGUGGAUGCUCUGGACCAGGAGUGUGAGGAGCUUCAAGGACAGUUGGGGGAGACUGAGGACACACAGACAGGCCUACAGGAUAGACUGACACACAUCUCAGAGGAGAAGGACCAACUUAAAACCCAGCUCACCCAAGAACAGACAACCUCUCUCAGCAGCUUUGGAUUCUCCCAGUCUCUGCCUGACACUCCCAGAGAGAGACAGCUAAAUCCCACCCCCUACGUACAACACAGCCCUCUACAGACCUCCAGUGCAGGAGUGUUGAAACAUUGAUUGCGGAGGAAGGGAGCAGACAAAGGGGAUUCCAUCCCUGUGGUGAUGGGGCCUUGGGAUCACGUCUCUGCCACCUUCUCUACAGCUCUGGUGCACCAGCGGACCCUACGGCUCUCCACAGACACCAGCGCAAAGAUACGCCAGGCGUCCCGAACAUGCUCCGAACAUCUCCAGAGGAAUAAAUAAAUCCAGCACUGGGUGUUCAACCUCAUGUUGACAAUUUUUGGAGCAUAGUAAUGCUGAAAGAGGCUGAGGCAGAAAGAGGCUGUUAGAAGUACAUGUCAGGCUUCUCCAUCAGGAGACUGCAGUAAGGCAUUGCAUUGUAGCUCGUACACAUAGUAGUUUGAGUAUCAGCUGAGGCAGACGCAGAACAGUUAUAGAGUUCAGGAUCUUGGCAACAUUGAGCUGGCUUGAAGAUGCUAUUUAAUUGAAAAUUAAUUUGAUUCAUUCACAAACUGUGGUAUCAUGUUUUUUCUUUCUUGAACUGUUGUGUUAAUCACUUUGCUACUUUGGAUUGCAAAUGUGCAUUUGUUGACUUCAUGCAUUUAGCUAAAUUAUCCCCAGGGGAUAGUGAAACAGUUUUACCUAGUUUAGAAGGUAAAGCAAUAAGACUGAGCAUAACGAGCCUAUCAAAGCACAUUCAUUAUUUAAACUCAUAAAGAAUGUGGUCAUGCACAAACACACACUAAAAAUAAGUGUCUUAAAAUGAUCAGUCUAGAAAAGGGAGAGGCCAGGUAAAAGACAAGCCAUGGUGUGUGUCUGUGUGUUUAGCUAAGUGUGUGGUCUUCUAAAGGCUCUACUAUUGUGUCACCAACACAAUGCCACGAAUGCAGACGUGUCUAAUGACUUACAGAGUACUCUGAUGAGGGAGGGGCAAGUUCCUAUGGCAACAUUGAUGAUCAGAGCAUGACAUCUUGUGUGGGUUUCCUCCUGUCAAUCCAACCCUUCACCUAUUGAGGAGUAUACUUGGUGGUAGACCAACCAAUUAAUUGUGAAGUAUGCUUCCCAUGGCACAUUAGGGUGCAAUAUUAUUGCCCUUUGUUUGUAUUUCCUUUGCACUAGAAAUGCCAAAUGACUUUUCUGAAGGUGGGUUGUAGUCAUGGAGAUACCUGUGAAAAGCCCCAUAGAUCCAGACUGGAUAUUGACUACACCUGAAACUAACAGAAGGAGAGCGCUGUUUGUAUGCAAUUCAAGCCCAUAUUAUUGUUCAUGCCUGUUCAAAUGGUUCUGCAUGAGUUCAGAGGUAGCACAAUAGUGGGUUUCAUUUUCAGGGAUAUACCUAGAUACUGAAGUAUUUGCGGAAUGCAGAUGUACUAAUGAAAUCAAUAAUUUCUUAGCCCACUAACUCACAAAUCCUUCUCCUCGGUGACAAACUUGCUUGAUCAAGUCUAACCUUGGACCUCAGAGUUCAGUCUUUCAGUUGAGCCAAUUAUACAGCUGUGUCAUCCCUCAAGCAUGUAAUUGAGAUGUGUCCCCCCCCCCCCCAUAGAUAAUGAAUGUAUUGUCUAUGGUAUGCUUGUCUCAUGAUUGCCAGACUGAUUUAGCCUAAUUGUUAAUUGUUGCAUGGAGUAUAAAAACAAAAUAUGGCAGACACAGUAUUUAUCUGAAAAUGUAAAAUGGAGCAUUGUAUAAUCAAUUUAGUUAUUUUAAUAGUAUGCUACCCUGUAAAAAUAACAUUAUUCAGAACGCUGCUUCAAAACAUUUAUUUGUCACAAAAUAACAACUUAUUUUAGACUAUACAACAAAAAUACAUUUGGAUGUGAAAGUAUAGAGUACAUAGGUACAGUCAGACCUCAUAUCGCACUGUGCUUACUGAUACACAAAAGACAAAGACUAACUCAUAGAGGUGAAGAAAUGUUCAGCUUGCCAAAAGCACCAGUGUCAACACCUGCAAUUUGCCCCCACAGGAAAAACAGAGACACGGUGGAAGAAGAACACAUACAGUCAUUUGCAGUUAGAAACUUAAACAAUGUGCAAAGUUGUACAAAAAUCCAUUGAAUAUUUUUGGUAUCCCCGCAUCCACCAACAUUAGAUUAUUUCAAAGGUUAUAUCUGUUGUUAAAAUCAAUUGAAUGUUAUAUAAUAAUUUACGAUAUAAUAUCCUAUGAGUAAAUACUGAGAUUAUAACAGGGAAAACUAUUUGGAUAGAGGAGAAAAAAUACCUGAACAACUGCAUUCAGAUUUCAGGUAAGCUUUGGGAAUCAUUCUGUAUUCAUGAAAACAUAUUUAAGGCCAUUGGUUACUUGUGUCAUAUAUUUACAUAAACAUACUGAUUUGUUUAUAAUAACUAAUAAAUAGUGAUAAAUAAGAGACAAAACAACAUAUUUGAGUACAACACUAAGUUGAGCUACAGACACUUCUGAGGUUGGUAGCCAGUAGUCGGGGAAUCAUGCUCAUUCUUCAUCAUUCUAAGGGCUGUGGUAUAUAGAAAUGCUAAUAACAUUAAGGCAAUGUUUUAGUAACAUUAUUAAAACACAGAUAAAUGGUAGAUGUUUUACCACAAUCUCCAAACGUGACAACCAUGCAAAUCUACACCUAAUAGGUAACAAAAUAACCCCUUAUCAGGACUCGACUGAAAACUUCAGCCAUUGGAAUGCUAUGAUUAUCACUUUGAGACAUUGUUACAUUGUUGUGACAUCUUAGACACUGUGCUAGCAGACAGGGUAGGGAGUAACUGUGGGUGAGAGUGCUAUCUCUCUGAGAGAUUCAGUGUAAUUCAGCACUGUGUGAUCUCACAUAUGUGUUUUAUCAUCUAGGUCAAGCUAUUAGGCAGCUGCAGGGACCGCUGCAAAUCUGUCAGAUUACAGAGGCCUCAUGAGGAUGAGGGAUGUCCUAUGGCUGGCAUAGUCUGACAAAACUCCCAAUCUCUGUUUGCCAAUAUGCUUUUAAGCAGCAGCAGCCGCACCACCAAAUACCCUGUUCAGGUACAUCAUGCACUGGGUUUGUACUUGCCUUACAAAAAGCAUAUUUUAGAUCACAUGCCCUUAAAAUUGUCAGAGACUCCAGUCACCCAAGUCUUAGACUGUUCUCUCUGCUACCACACGACAAGCGGUACCAGAGCGGCAAGUUUAAGUACAAACGGUCCCUUAACAGCUUCUACCCCCAAGCCAUAAGACUGCUGAAGAAUUAAUCAAAUGGCCACCUGGACUAUUUACUGUGACCCCCCCCCC